AUGACUACGACAGAUGACACCGAUUCGAUUACGAUAGAUACAGCACCUGUUCCACCUGCGGAGCCGUUAACAAACGUCGAACGUUUUCGUUUACCAACUGAAAAUGAUCAGCAAUGGAUGUAUCGUAAAUUAUUUAUCGAAACACAUUGGAAUGAUUAUAAUGAAGAGCGUCUUCUAUGUUUGACUCAAUGCUAUGUGAAUACAAAAUGUUUGGGAUGUAAAUAUUCAGAGCCAUUAAAGAGUUUACUGGAACAAUUAGAAAAGAAAUUAAAUUUGAAAACGACGAAUAAGGAUGUGUCUUCGACAACAACGACAAAUAGACAUCAGAAGCUAGCAGAACCAAAUUCGGAUAAAGAUAAACAACAAAUUGACGAAAGAAAUAAAAUUAUAAAAAUUAAAGAAAGAACACCGGUGUAA